AUGGCGCGAGGGAGAAGAGAAGGGGAGGGAAGGAAGGAGCACUGGAGAGCUGGGCAUUCUGUUGGUGGAGUUAGACCUGGAAUUUCUGAUGGUCUUAACUGGGCCUUAGCUGGAAAAGGCGUAAUUGUGAUGGAUAAAGCUUUUCGGAACUUGACGCCCUCUGAACUGGGACAGAAAGGGGCAACUAUUUCAGAAUCGUCAUCAGGAUUUCCAUUUCAUGUUAGAGGAAGUGUUCUUGGACGGUUGUCAGAAAUUCCCAAAGCACAAUUUAGUAAGCUUUUACAGCAGGUCACUGUUUAUCUAUCGUCUGUUCCCAACAUUUUUGUUCAUGACGGUGCCAUUGGCUCAUUGCCUAAAUGUGAUGUGAAAGUUCAAAUAAUCAGCGAUGGUCCUUCUCCUGUAUUGUCACUUUCCAGUGUUCUUUGGGAAAUCCCUACCCGUGCUGUUUCCCAUGAUUCCUGCCCAGUGACAAUUUAUUGUGCGACAUCUAUAAGUCCAAGUGCUGGGAAUAUUCUUGGUCUUGGCGCUCAAGGAAAUAAUGGUUUUAUAGUUGCUGAUGUUGAACGUUCGUCCCUCAUUUUAUGUGGAAAAGCCUUCUGUGAUGUAAAGGGAACUAAAGAAGCAUUAUGUUCCCUCUCUGGACCUAUCAUAUCUUCACGGGGUGGACUGCCUCUACCUGCUGGACUUCUUGUGUCUGCCAAUUCUGUGGUUCUUUUAUUUGCUCCAGAGGUUACCAUGCAAAGCUGCUUAGAUCUGUUGGUUUCAAGAGAUGGUGUCAUUCUUUCUUCUGAAGGUGUUUCACCUUUAUUCCAAAGUGGAAUCUCUGGGAAGUCAUAUCUCUCAAAGUUACCAGAUGCUAUUAUAUUUGCAUCUUUUGAUUGUUCUGGAACCAUUCCUUCAGCGUCAAGGCUCUCUCCUGGUCAAGCAGCUUUUCACUUCCUGGCAGGCUACCAGAAUGGCACAUUCCUUCCAGCAUACAGCAAGGAUCAUUUACCCAUUAAUCCACUGGAGCUUGCAAAGGCUUUUCUAUCUAAGAUAAAAUACCACCAAAUUUCUUCCUUCCUAAUUAAUGCCAACAAAGGAGAAAAGCAGAUAGCUGGCAAGGAUCUCAUUGAGUUGGUGCUGUCAACCAUAUCCAACAAUGUCCCACCAUUUGAACCAAAAGGUGGAGAUCUUCAAGGGAAGUACAAAACCUUCUUAUGCAGUAAAUUUCCAGAACUUCCUGACGAAUUCUCUUUCUGAUAUCCUUUUGUUCUCAUCGUUGUUCUUAUCGUGGAGCUACAAAUGUCAAUCCCCCUUUUCAGCAAAUCUGUGGCUCUGAAUGGUUGUGGCAUCAUACGCUGCCGAGAGUAUGCUGAAAACCUUAAGUUAUUUCCAUGACCUGCUCCUGGGAAAAAAAGAAAAGUAUAGAAAGAUAGAUGCAUCCUUUCGUAUAGGGUCUCGCCCUCUUCCUCUGGCAAAGCAUCGAUGGCUGUUUAUUACUUGUAUCACCCCAAGCUAAGCAAUCAUCGUUCCUUUUGCCAGAGAAGUGAGGAUGCAUCUUAUCUCCAUGAUUUUCGCUAAUUAUGAGCUUGUAGUCUCCAUGAAUUGGCUUGAAUAUGAUGA